AUGAGACGGUACUUAAAGCCUCCACCAAGCGAAACACCAAGCCAGAGUAAAGUAACUAGCAACGAAGUUUUGCAUAGUAGCCCAUCAGCAUUAUCAAAAUCAACAAAUAUUGGAAGUACGGUACCUAUUCGAGAUACGAAGAUGCAGAUCGCAAAGUCUGCAAAUGAGGAGCCUUCAAAAAACAUGUUGAGGCGACGAAGAGUCAUUGCUGUUGACUCCGACUCCGAAGAAGCGAUAUCGACUGACGACGGAAGCUCAGAUGCAGCAUCGGAUACAGAUUUUGCUCUUGACGACCAAAUGGAAAGCGACAAACAAACUGUGGAUUUUUUCAAUGAAUCUUCAUAUCAGGAUAUUCAGGAUAUUACGGCUUGUACUAUUGAACAAGCGGAAACGAUCAUAAACGAACUUCGACCUUUUCGAGAUAUAGACGACUUGCAGCGAAAGCUCAAGAUUACGAAGGGCUUAGGAGAACGUUUUAUCAAUGCGCACAGAGAAAUGAUGCAAGGAUAUUCAGCAGUCGAUAAGUUGAUUGAUGAUAUUGAAAAGAUUGGCACUCGAAUCGAAAAGGUGAUGCAAAUAUGGAAUAAGAAAGAACAAAAUGGGGAGGACCAAUCUGUUUCAGAAGAUGCGAUAUUGAAGGUAGCCAUGGAGGGCUACUUAUAUAAGCAGCCUGACUUGAUGAGCUCUGAAAUCACUCUGAAGGGCUAUCAAGUAUUUGGCGUCAAUUGGAUUUUGCUGCUCUACAGAAUGAAAUUAUCUGGAAUCCUAGCGGAUGAGAUGGGCUUGGGUAAGACAGCACAAGUCAUUGGAUUUUUGGCUCAACUGGUCAGUCAAGGCAGUACAGGACCGCACCUUGUCGUUGUUCCAUCAUCAACACUGGAAAACUGGCUGCGAGAAUUUCAAAAGUUUUGCCCAUCCUUAGAUGUUCGAUCCUACUUCGGCAGCCAGGUUGAGCGAAGAAGACUACGAUACGAUCUACGAGAGGAUACAACCUGGUCUAUAUUGGUUACUACAUAUCAGAUGGCUACUGGAGCUGAAAUGGACCGCAAGUUCCUCAGAAAGCUGAACUUUGAUGUCACUAUUUUGGACGAAGGCCAUAUGGUGAAGAACUGUACAAGCGCUCGAUAUCAGCAUCUUAUGGCUAUACCAAGCUCGUUCAGAUUGCUAUUGACUGGAACGCCUCUUCAAAACAAUUUACAAGAACUCGUUUCGCUUCUGACGUUUAUUCUACCAAGUAUGUUCAAAAACAACCAAGAAGAACUGACAAAGAUUUUCAAAAUCAGGCAAACAGUAAAUAAUAAGAAAGAACCGCCAAAGUCGAUGCAAACAAAGGCCCCAGCCGGCUCAACAAACAUUGCACAAAUGUUAUCCAUGGAGCGUAUAAAACGUGCGAAAAAAAUCAUGACUCCUUUUGUUCUUAGACGACAAAAAUCUCAAGUGUACACCGAUUUGCCUUCAAAACUCCAUGUUCUCAAGCGAUGUCCAAUGUCGGAUAGGCAGGCGGCCGUUUACAAAAAGGUCGUUGAAGACUCCAAGAAGUCGCUGAAGACUUCUGAUAACAAAAGUGAUGGCGAAAUAGAUAUCAUUGAAGCAAAUAAUGUUUUGAAAACCAGCGAAGAUGCUUCUGUGUCAAAGCCAUCUAAAGCUGUCAACAUCUUAAUGAAUCUCCGCAAGGCCGCCAUACAUCCGCUACUUUUAAGAAGUAUAUACACAGAUGAUAUUCUGCGGCAAAUGUCGAAAGCAAUUAUGAGAGAGGAGCAAUAUUGGGAUUCUGAAGAAAAGUUUAUUUUCGAAGACAUGUCAGUCAUGACCGAUUUUGAGCUGCACAAGCUUUGUCUCGCUCAUAGAACGAUCAAACAGUGGGCAUUGUCAAAUGAUGAAAUUAUGGAUUCAGGAAAAGUUCGAGUUCUGGAACAACUUCUCACAGAAAUGAAGGAAAAGGUGAGCAUAGUGAUAAGACGCCAAUAUCAACGACGAGGAGACCGUGUGUUAGUAUUUAGUCAGUUUACAAUGAUGCUGGAUGUCCUUGAAGAUGUCCUUGGCAAAAUGGGCUUCCGAUACUCUAGGUUGGACGGAAGCAGCAAAGUCGACACGCGCCAAGACCUCAUUGAUGAUUUCAGUGCCGACCCAGACAUUACCGUUUUCUUAUUGAGUACCAAAGCUGGAGGAUUUGGUAUUAACUUGACUGCCGCAAACACGGUCAUUCUUUACGACUUAGAUCCAAACCCCCACAACGAUAAGCAAGCCGAGGAUCGAGCGCAUCGUGUGGGCCAAGCGAGAGACGUGACAGUUAUCCGACUAGUAUCAGAGAAUACUGUUGAAGAAAACAUUUUUCAAAUGGCAGAGGUGAAAUUGCGCCUGGAUCAAAGCGUUUCAUUUGGGCGAGAAAACGAAUCGGAUGAAGAAGACGCCGAUAGCGAACCAAAUCUAAAAUCUCUUGUAGAAAGUGCACUCCACAUCUAA